GGGCUAGCUCCUGUUUCUGGAGUUUGUGUGAGCAGAGAGAGGACUUCUCAGUCACUCACCAGCGGGGCUGCUGGGUGUGAAAUGCAUGAAAGCGGAGAGCGGGGCAGAUUUGCAGGCAGCCCACAGAGUAGAACCCCGAGCAGAGCUGAGUGAACGCUGAACAUCCUUCCCCGCCUCUGUUCCCCAUUGAUCAAAUCCCAGGUCUUCUUCUGGAUUUCCCCAUAGCUGGUUCCAAUAUGGGAUUGAAAUGAAUGUGAAAGAAGUCUUCUGAAAUCCAGCAGAGAUGGGACUGGUCUGGUGGUGCCUCUUGCUUCUGGGUAGAGCUCUCCUCUUGUUUCAGGCAGACUGUGAUGGCUCUGUCACACACUCCUUGCUCUAUAUUUACACAUCGAUCUUGGAGCCUGGCCAGGAGCAGCCCAACUUCUUCAGUGUGGCAAAUCUAGAUGGCUAUCUUGCUAGUUUCUAUGAUAGCAACACAAGAAGGAUUGUGCCUCGAGCCUCCUGGAUGAAGAACUUAGAAGAGGACAGUCCUGAUGACUGGGGCUUGCUCACCCAGCGGGCACUGAUUGGUGAGCUACGGUUCAAGGGGAACCUGAUGAACCUGCAGAAGUACUACAACCAGAGUGCAGGGCUUCACAUUCUGCAGAGAGUGAUCGGCUGUGAGCUGCCUGAGGAUGGGAGGAGAGUGGGGUAUCACCAGUAUGGCUACAAUGGAAGAGACUUCAUCAGUUUUGACAAGGAGACCCUCACCUGGACAGCAGCUGAUACCCAAGCACAAAUGGCCCAGAGGAAGUUGGACACUGAUUUGGCCCGUUCCAGGAACAUUAAGUUUUGGGAAGAGAAUCAAUGCAUUGAAGAGCUGCAAAAGUUCUUGGAGUAUGGGAAGGGAGCUCUGUCAAAGAAUGAGCCCCCAGUAGUGAAGGUGAGACGCAAGGCAGGCUAUGAUGGCUGGGAGACCCUGAUCUGCCGGCUCUAUGGCUUCUACCCCAAGGAGAUCGAUGCCACCUGGAGGAAGGACGGGGAAGUCUGGGAGCAGGACACGUUUCGUGGGUUUGUCAGCCCCAACUCGGAUGGGACAUACCACACCUGGCUGAGCAUCCAGAUUGACCCCAAGGAGAGGGACCACUUCCGGUGCCACGUGGAACAUGAUGGCCUGCCGGAGCCUCUGGACUUGGCCUGGGAAGAGUCUGCCACAGGAUGGUCCCGUGUGGGAGUCAUUCUUGGAGUCAUCUUGGGGAUUUUGGCUGUUCUGCUUGCAGUUGGGAUAAUCUUCUAUUUCAAAAUACCUCAAGGUGGCUACAUAACCAGCACCAGUGGAGAACCUAAAUCAGUGCCCUGGAUGAUUUUGAAGAAACUGAAGCUCAAUCCACACCAAGUGGAUUCAGUCCACACCAGUUGCCACCAACUCGUUUGGUGGCUACACAGAGACGGGCCUUCUCGGCUGCUGCCCCGAGAUUGUGGAAUGCGCUCCCUGCUGAGAUACGAUCCUCCCCAUCUCUGGCAAUUUUCUGAAAACACCUGAAAACAUCUCUUCAACCAGGCUUUCCCAGCUUUUUAAAACUUGUUUUUAAAUUGUUCUGAUUAUUUAAUUGUUGUUUUAUGAUGUUUUUAAUUGUUAGUCAUUGUUUUAUGCUUUAUAAUUUUUGUUUAAUUAUUAAUUGAUUUUAAUGGUGUUUUAAUGUAAACCACCCCGAGCCUUUUGGAAGGGCGGUAUAAAAGUUUUAAUAAUAAAUAAAUAAUAAAUAAGUGGGAGUUCUGUUAGCUGGGACUUCUGCUGACCUGAGGAUAGGCACACAGCCGGUUUUGAAGGGCAUUGCCCUCCACCUGCAGGCUCAGCUUGGAGGCUCACCUGCCGCUUUUCUUGGAUGUGCAGGUGGCAACAGUAGUCUCUCUCCUUAGCAAAAGGUAGAUCAAUGUUUGUUUGUGCUCCAGACACAUCCAGACUUGAUUGCUGUAUGUGGGGCUGCCUCCAAGAGCAUCUGGAAACCUCAAUGGGUGCAAAGCACAGUGACCACAUUGUUAACAGGGUGUGAGUUGUGUCAAGUGCACAGCCCCAGUUUUGUUCGGCUUAUUCCUUUCUGGUUCCCAUGCAAAGGGCUGGCAUUGAGCUUUAAAGCCCAUAAUAACAGUGUGGUACCCUGUGUCUGAGGUGGUCGGCUGAAAGGCUACCUCCACCCAUGCAAAUCUGACUACACACUCAAAUCAGGGCCUGAAGUUCUGUAUCGGUUCUAUAUGAUGGAUUGAUUUCAUGGCUUGUGGGUAAUGCAUAUGAUCAGAUUUGAUGGAGAAGGAAGGGUGUGUGUGAGAGAGAAAGAGAGAGAGAAUGAAUGUACGAAUGAACGAACAGGAAAAUGUUUGGGAAGAUGCGGGGAGACUUUCCCUGCAAUCCACCCAGCAAUAUUAACUCCCUCCCUUUUCUCUUUUUUGCAGUACACAAACAGAUGCCUGACAGCUUCUCCAGGGCAAGUGUGGAGAAAAGGCGUGUCCAACUCAAAAAAUGCUAAGGGCAUAUUUCUAAGGGCAAAUUUUAGAAGAAUUUUCUAAGGGCAAAUUCUAAGGGCAGAAAUCUGUAAUUUGAAUUCUUUAUUGGCAUUUAAGAGAGCCCUAAAGACCUACCUAUUCAGCCUGGCCUUCCAGGUUUUUAAAAUUAUUUUAAAGGGUUUUUAAUGUAUCAGGUUUUUAUAAGGUUUUGAAUGGGUUUUUUUUUAGCUGUUUAAUUGUAUUUUAAAAUCUUUGUUCCCGAUCAUUGAUUGAUUUUAACUGUUUUGUGAUAUUUGUGAACUGCCUUGAGCUAUUCUGUAAGGGCGGUCUAGAAAUUGAACAAACAAACAAAUAAAUAAAUAAUAUUGGACUCAAUAUUAAGUCCCAGAAUGUUGGCUAACUUGAUGCACAGCUAAACAGAGCGUGAAGUACCUACCCCGAGUCACCUUCAGUGGCUCAGCGGGGAAAUGCUUGACUAACAAGCAAAAGGCUGCCAGUUCGAAUCUCUGCUGGUACUAUAUUGGGCAGCAGCAAUCUAGGAAGAUGCUGAAAUCCCUGGUCCUAACCUCUGAACUUUUUAGGAAGAAUAGAAUCUGGGGCACAUGUUGGAUGAGAACUACUUUUGCCAGCCCUUGAGGCAGCCCAUCUUUGGCACUGUUUGGAGUGUCCCCUUUCCACUGUCACUUUGAACAAAUGGGUUCUGCUCAGGUCUCAGUUGCAGUCUUACAAAAGUCCCUGCAGCACAGCUUAGUCUCACAGGAAGCUGCCUUGUAUCAGAUCAGACCACUGGUCCAUCUAGUUCAGUAUUGUCUAGUCUGACUGGCUGCAGCUCUCCCGGGUUUUAGGUGGGGGUCUUUCCCAGCCCUACCUGGAGAUACUGCCAGGGAUUGAACCUGGGACCUUCUGCAUGCAAAGAUGCUCUACCACUGAGCUACAGUCCCAUCCUGGUCGCCCUGUAGGUGUUCUGCCUUCAGCUUAAACAUGUGGCUUGGCUCACUUGCUUGAGUUGUCAUUUCGAGCCAUUUUCUUCAUCGACCCCAAUCAGCUGUGUACCUGGUCUCUGCUUGUAGCACAUUUUGUAUGUGGCUUGAUAUGUUGGGGAACAUGUAAUAGAUGGCCUUGUCUAGGGGCUUGGCCAAGAUUACCUUCUUUGUAUGUCCCAGUUCUGUGAUUCCGAUGCCUCCCCUGUUCCCCGCACCCUUGCACAUUGACAUGGCACUGGCUUAACUUUACCCCUGUUUUUCGUAUUUCAGAAUUAUGUCGCACUUGACUGUGGGAAGAAAACAAGCAGCUCACUGAAGGCUUCCUUUUGUUGUUCAAGAACUGUAGAUACUCUUUAAUCAGGGGCACGAUUGAUUGAUUGAUUAAGUGCAUAGACGGGCAUAGAUAAGCUGUAAUUGUCCCUGGGCCUCUGAAGGAGGGAGGCCCAUUGGAAGGGUGACGGCUUGUUCUUCGCUCUUCACUAUUGAUUUUGUAUGAAUUCUAUGAGGUGAUUGUAGUCGCUGUCUGGGUUUAAUAAAAAGCUCCUGAGCAAGGGAAAUAGGUGCACACAAGUGUGCGUGUGAAAGUGUCUGCAUGUGUGUGAGGCUGAGCUCCAACUGGAGGGCCAGGCAGACUGAUUGAAGGAACAAGCAGCUAAGCCCAGCGCUUGGAAGGCAGGACCCCGCUGAGCCCAAAUGCUGCAACCAGCUACAGGUAUGAGAAGAGUCGUAGGAGGAAUCCACCUGGAGAGAAAGAGAGCAAAUGAAGGAAGGGCGUAGCUGGAGAAGGAAAAGAGGGAGAAAGGACAUAUAAAAGAGGAGAGGAAGGGGGAGCAGACCAAGAAAGGGAAGGUCAAGCAGAGGCUAGGGAUGUGCACGGAACCAGUUUGGAGGCCCUUUAUGGGCCUCCGAACCAGUUUGAACGGCGGGUGGUCCCGCUGGUUCCAAGGCAAGGGAGUGCUGCUUUAAGGGUGGGGGAGGGUGCACUUACCCCUCCCGCCACUCUUCCCCCGCCGGCGCUCCAUUUUUAGCAAGUCCCAGAACGAACCAAAAGUAUCGGUGACACGCCUGUGCAUGUACGUGCACAUCGUGUGCUGGCUCAUCAGAUACUUCCGGUUAGUUCCGGUAAAGGGGGCAAACAGGGCGGCAGAGAGGUACGCUGCUGCCCCGAUGGACUUUCUAAAAACAGAGCGCCGGCAGUGGAAGAGCAGUGGGAGGGGUAAGUGUACCCAUCCUUAAAGCAGCACUCCCCCCCCCCACCUUCGAGCCUCCGCCACCUGGUUCUGUGCACAUCCCUAGCAGAGGCUUCUCCCUCACCAUCUUAUUUAUUUGUUAUUUCUUUGUGUUCACCGCCCUGAGCUAUUUUUGGAAGGGCUGUACAGAAAUCAAUCAAACAAACAAAUGGAACACAUUAAGAGAGGCCUUAAUGGCAGUCAUGCUGAGAGCCUGGGUGAAACCUGGAACAGAGGAAGGGUGUGAAUUUGUAACACAUCCCUGCCAAAAGAGUCCAGAGCAGCACUUUCCUGGAUCUUCUUCAAAAGAUGGCAUCCAGAUUGUUAAAAAGAGGGUGUCUUUAAAAACUGUGAAAUGAAGGAAAUUAUGAGUAAAUUAUGAGUUGUUAAGAGAAAUUAUGAGUUGUUAAACCUCUGAUUAAUAAAGGGUUUUAACUUA